AUGGCGAUGCCAAUGACAAGUCCAGGUUCCGUCAUUGGAACUUCACUCCUUUUCUUCUCCGGAGCUCUUAUCAUGAGAGGAGCUGGAUGUACCAUCAAUGAUCUAUGGGACCGAAACCUCGAUCCACACGUAUCGCGAACUCGACUCCGACCCAUUGCUCGUGGCGCCAUUACUCCUUUCAAAGGGCUUGUCUUUACCGGAUGUCAACUUCUCACCGGGCUGGGAAUAUUGCUGCAAUUUCCUCUGCCUUGUCUAUUUUACGGUGUCCCUAGCUUGAUUUUGGUGGCUAGCUAUCCUUUGGCGAAGAGAGUCACAUACUACCCUCAAGCAGUCCUUGGCCUAACCUUCUCAUGGGGAGCAAUCAUGGGUUUCCCGGCACUUGGGAUUGACUUGCUAUCGCAUACACCUGCCCUGACUGCCGCAGCCUGUCUCUAUGCCUCCAACAUUGCAUGGACAGUGCUGUACGACAUGAUUUAUGCUCACAUGGACAUCAAGGACGACGUCAAGGCAGGGAUCAAGAGCAUUGCCUUGAAACAUGAUGCCGAGACUAAGCAAGUGCUAACGGGAUUGGCAGCUGCACAGAUCUCACUCCUCGCUGCAGCUGGGUACGCAGCAGGUGCUGGGCCAGCUUUCUUUAUCGGAAGCUGUGGAGGCGCAAUGGUGACGCUUGGCCUUAUGAUCAAGCGAGUCAAUCUCAAAGACGUCAAGGAUUGCUGGUGGUGGUUUAUCAAUGGCUGCUGGAUCACUGGCGGAGUGGUCAGUCUAGGUCUGGGUGCAGACUAUGCUAUUAGAUAUGCCGAAGCAUCCAAGGAGGAUAAUUCCGAGAGCUAA